AUGGCGCAGAGGCUGGGCGAGUGGGCGCGGGGACCCGCCGAGGCCACCGGGCUGUACCGGGCCGUGCUGCUCAGGUCGGCUGCCAUGUACUCGGAAAUCCAGAGGGAGAGGGCAGACAUCGGGGGCUUAAUGGCCCGGCCAGAAUACAGAGAGUGGAACCCAGAACUCAUCAAGCCCAAGAAGCUGCUAAACCCCGUGAAGGCCUCGCGGAAUCACCAGGAGCUGCACCGGGAGCUGCUCAUGAACCACAGAAGGGGCCUGGGUGUGGACAAUAAGCCAGAGCUGCAGCGAGUCCUGGAGCACCGCCGGCGGAACCAGCUCAUCAAGAAGAAGAAGGAAGAGCUGGAGGCCAAGAGGCUGCAGUGCCCCUUUGAGCAAGAGCUGCUGAGACGACAGCAGAGGUUGAAUGAGCUGGAAAAACCACCAGAAAAGGAAGAGGACCACGCCCCAGAGUUUAUUAAAGUCAGAGAAAACCUGCGGAGAAUCACCACGCUGAGCAGUGAAGAGAGGGCACUGUAG